CCGUUGUAAAUUGUGGACAUGCCCUCUAAAAGGAACCGCAAUGACAAGUCCAACAAAGGAAAGUCUUUAGUUGCUGAUGUUUCAACUCUUUUACAGAGAGCCCAAAACUGCAUCGACAAAAUGGAUGGAAAGGGAGCGUUGCUCCAUUUAGAAGAGGCGUUGAAGCAGCAACCUGACAAUCUGGAGGUUGUGGAUAAAACAGCAAACGUAUAUAUGGAACUUGGAGAAGAUGAAAAGGCAUUUCCAUUGCUUGUGAAAAGUGCAAAAGAGGACCCCGAUCAUAAUUAUGAGAAGUGGAUGUACUUGGGACAGCUUCAGAAUGGAAAUGAUGCUGUAACGUGCUACCGCAAAGGAAUCCAGCUCCUCGAGGCUGAGGUGAACGCGACUCCGGACGGAGAGGACAAGCAGAUGCUUCUCAAUCGUCUCUGUGGUGCCUAUUGCUCCGUAGGCGAGCUGUACAUGACCGAUUUAUGAUAUCCUGCAUUUUCAUACGAGGUUCUUAACUCCACCGAAGAGCCAGACGCCGAGCAGAACUGCGAGGGGUGCAUCACGCACGGCCUCUCCCUCUGUCCCGACAACGUGGACGGCCUGGUCAUGUUAGCGAGCUGUCGCAUGUCGCAAUGCCGCUUCGACGACGCGGAGCAAAUUUUGAUGCACGUGAGCGAGAUCAUCGCCGCGAUCGACACGACCACCGACUUCCUUCCCGCCUACGACGUUCGCUUAUUCGCCGGAAAGAUGCUUCUCGAGCUCGACAACGACGACAGCUGCGUAGAUGCGAAGAGACGAGUGGACGGUAGAGAGAUCGAUGCGAGGCGGCGGUGAAUCUGUUCGAUCAGCUGCUGCUGGAAAACGACGAGAACAACGAGCUGCUGUUCUUGAUGGCCACCGCGCACUACAAUCUGCAGAGCUACUCGAUGGGAUU